UAGCUCUAGCGGGCCAUGGAGCAGGAGGAGGGGCGGAGGAAGCGGGAGGCGGCGGUGGUGGUGGUGCUGGAGUGCGUGGCGGGGAGCUCCAAGGCGGAGGAGUGGGGCGGCGGCGGCGCCGUGGUGCAGGAGGGCGACGUGGUGGAGUCGGUCCGGGUCGGGCUGGGCUCCGGCGCGGCCUCCCUGGACGCGCCCUUCAAGGGCGGCCGGGCCGGGCUCCACAAGGCGCUGCACAAGGCGUUCAAGCGCGGCGACACCUCCGUGGAGGUGCGCGUCCGCGGCGGCAAGGACCUGCAGGCCUGCAUCCUGCCGCACCCCGGCGGCGCCAGCGCCCGCAAGCAGUACGUGCUCCGCUCCCUCCACGACCCCAACUACGUGCUCGGCUUCGGCGAUCGCCUCGAGAGCGACUGCCUCGUCCUCCAAGGCACAAGAGGCACAAGAGUUGCAUCGGCGCUGAGCCGGGCGCAGCUUCAGGACGGGUACGUCACGUAUCCAUGGGACAAGAAGAUGCGCGACUCGCUGCGCACGCCCAACUCGAGCUGCUUCCUCUCGAUGCUUGUCCUCCCCAAGGCGCUGGACCUCAACGCGUGCCGGUACGAGUCCUUCGAGGACACGUUGGCUCGUGCCAACACAUGGCUCUACUCGUCGCAGGACUCGGGGAUCCCCAUCGAGUUCAUGAAUCUGCAGAGCGAAGCUCUUCUCACCAAGAUAUCUGGGGAGACGGCGUCUGCGACUGUCAACUCCGGGUCGUUGUCCGACAUGUCGAACCUCGUGAACGCGACGCUCUACGGUUUCGAGGAUUACCACGGGGUGGACAUCGGCGUCGUGAAGGCGGCCCGGCUUUGGUACAGCUCCACGGCGGGAGAAAUGCCGCUAGAGAUCCAGCUUCAAGAAGGUGACACCAGGCUAGGAUUCGCCGUGAGCCGUACUGAAGAGGGUUUCAUCUACAUAUCUUCGGUGGUCGACGACGACGAGGACAGCGAGGCGCCGUCGACGCGGUCCGGGCUCCGCGAUCUGUUCAACCGGGCGAAAGUGGCAUCCAAGCUGUUGAUCAUAUCAAGGGUGUCCAACGAGAAGGUCCUCCCCUGGAUGAUCUCCAGCUCAGGCGCGGUCCGUUGCUUCGACACCAUCUCCCUCAGCCAGAAGCUCUCCCUGCACCGCCUCGCGCUGCAGCCCAUCCAGCUACACCUGCUCAUGUGGGAGAAGCCCGUCGGUGUCGCGGCGCAGAGCGUCGUUCUUUCUCCGAAAAUGCCCUUCCCGCUGUCGUUGCCUCCUCAGGUACCCCUAAGCAUCAUCGAGAGCCCUGAACAUAGAGUAGAUGCUGAGGAAGGAUUUGUGUUGGAUUCGUCGUUUCGGCUCGAUGAUUCUCCGGUCAGCAACUGGGUGUGAUCUCAGCUUUCCUCUUCCGAUAAAGGGUGGAUUUUAUUGACUCAAAAUGAAGCAUCAGGUGGAUACAAACACAAUGAGGACCCCAGCUUUCCUGAUGGGCACAUGUAAUGUCUUCAUCUUCUCUAGUUCUCUAGGCAGUGCUGCUUAGUUUGUCCUAGAGAAGUAGUGUUCAGAUUUCAGAACCAUUGUAGGUUUCUGAAGUAAUCAGGGGAGAUUGCUUUCAUAGCAUCUGAACAUCAUGUUGUGAUACAUACAUAGUCUUUGACUCUUUGUUCAGCAUGGCAUAAACAAUGGAGGAAUAUAUAUUACUCAUUUCCUUGUA